AAGAAGUGCUCGAAAGGGAUCAACGACUACUCGACCUGAUGAAUCAGUUGAAGAAACUUGAAGAACGCUGUGCACAAGCCGAGUCACAAGCAAUGUUGGCCAAUCGUUAUAAUGAUGAAAUCGAGAGACUGAACAAUUCUAUACGUGAAAUUGCACAAGCUGUCGUACAAGAUGCUGAAAGUGCCGACCGUGAAGCGGACGUCGCAGAAGCAAACGAAACAAUGCAGCACAUGCACUUAACGCGUGAUAGUGGUGCUAGCAUGGGCGUGCCCACGAAAUCGCCGCGUCGUAGCUCAGCUCGUGCAUCACAAGCUUUCGCAGAAGGCACCAUAUCAGCAGUACAGGCCGCUCUACAUAAAUACCAAUUGGCUUUGCAUGAUAUGCAGGUUAAAUUUCAAAAUACCAACGAAAAUUUGCGAAAUACUAAAACACAACUCGAAACAAGCGAAGGCACAAAGACGCUAUUGACGACCAAAGUGCAUCAGCUCACCGAAAAAUUGGAUGCUAGCAAUUCGAAGCUGUCUGAACUAUUGAAAGAAAGAGAUAGUCUUCAGAAGACACUAGAAGAGAUACGUCAACAGAAACAGCAAAGCGAGCAGGGGCGUCUCGAUUUAAAUUCUGCGUUUGAAAAUCUUAGCGGGGAUUUUGAGAAGUUACAGCUAAAAUAUGGAAAGUUGCAAAAGAAAAUCGACCUGCUUGAAGAUGACAAAAAGGCGGUUGAACUGGAAAUUCAACGAAUACUUAAGGACAAAAACAUAAUUGAAAUGAAUCUAAGGUCUGAAGAGGACCGAGGAAGUCGCUUGCGUGAGGAGACAAUAUCCUUACGCGAAGAAUUGAACAGCGUAAGCCUUAGUCGCGAUCUGCUUGAGCAACAACGUAUCGAAUCCGAUAAUAUCAUUAAUUUAAUUGAAAAGCAAAAAUCUGAUUUAGAAUAUGAUUUGGACAAGCUGCUCUUGGAGAAAUGUGACUUGCAAGAGAAGCUGGACAAAGUGUCCAACAGCAACUCAUCCACCUCAGACGAAUUGAAAACAAUCCACAGUAGCUUAGCACAAACACAAGAGGAGCGCAAUAAACUCAAAAGCGAAGUAGAUGAAUUAGAAAAGGAAAUAGCAACAGUGCGGAAGGAGUUGAGCAGCGUUGAAAAGGCACGCCUAGAAUUGGAAACGGAUAAUUUGUCAUAUAGCGAAAAGCUCAAAUGUACACAAUUGGAGAAAGAAAAAAUUCUACAGGACUUGGCAUGUAUCACUCGAGAUCGUGGUGAUAUUCACAAUCAACUUACAGCUUUGUGCCGCAAAAAGGAAUCGCUUAAUGAAGAACUAAUGCGAACACGACAAAAAUUGGAGCAAACUGUUGAAACAAAUAAUCGUUUAAAUAGAAAUUUGGAAGAAAUGGUUAAAGAUGUGGAGGAGAAGCAGGUUGUAAUAGAUUUGCAUGAAAAGGAAACACAUCGUCUACAGGAAUUGCUGACGGCAUUGCGUACAGAAAAAGAGUCCCUAGAAGCAGUACUUUUCGAUACAAAUACUCAACUCGAAGCCACUGAGGAAAAACGUCAACAGCUCGAACGUGAUCUUCAGGAGGCACUCGUGCGCGAAGAAUCACUUAAAAAUUCGGUAACACGCCUGAAUAAAGAAUUGGAACAGUGUCAACGCCGCGCUCAAGAAACGAAAAACCAACUAAUGAAUGCUGCACGCGCAGCUGAGAACGACUUCAAUCAAAAGAUUGCCAACCUCAAAGCGGUAGGCGAAGAAGCGGCUAAGAAACAUUCAGAAGAGCUUUAUAAACUUAAAACGGGAUUGGAGAAGCGUAUGGCGCAAGCACUUCAAGCAUUACAAACAGCUAAGGAUGAUGAAAUUGAGAAAUUACAAGAGCGCCUAGAGGCAUUACAAGCGCAUUUAGAAAGUUUGGUACAGCAGCACGAAGAGGCUAUGAUACGGGCUGAAAAUGAAAAACAGCAGGCGCUGUUGAUGGCACAUCGAGAUAAGCAAGCAUUGAUGGAAAAGUUAGAGGCUGCUAUGCGGGAACUAAAGAACGAACAGGACGGACUCGAACGUAUGAAACGUGAACAUAAUGCACACGAUGAAAAACAACGAAAUGCCAUUGCUCAGCUAAAGGAUGAAAUAUCCGCCAUGCGAACAAGGGAAGAGGAAAACAAAAUAAAACUCGAAGAAUGUAUACGAAAACAGGAAAUACAGCUAACGAGUGUAAAAGAAGAAAGAGAUAAUCUUAAUCGACUCUGUGAAGAGUUGAAAAUGGAUAUACGACUCAAGGAAGACAAAGUCGAAGGAAUUAACGCAGAACUACAAGAUGCGCUCAGGAAAGCAAAAGAAGGUGAAGCUUAUAUUGAUAGCUUGCGCAAUGAACUCACGGACUGUCGCCGUCAAUUGGCUGACAGUAACAUUGAGAAGGAUAAAUAUUCUAACAGUAAUAAGGAGCUGCGUGAUCACGUGAAGCAUGUGGAGAGCGCAAAACGCGAGCAGGCGCGCGCUAUUGAGGAAGCUUUGCAGAAAAUAAAUGCUUUGCAAGAUUCCAAAAGCUCAUUGGAAAACGAACGUACACGACUGACAACGAUCUUGAAGGAGACCGAAAAUAAUAUGAGUAAAACUGUACAGGAGCUGAAUGCCACCAAGAAUACACUACAGAAAACGCAAAUGGACUUUGCGCAAAAGGAUGAAGGUGGUAAGGAGCUCCAGAACAAAUUAGCUGCCGAAAUCGAAUUAAAGGAGCGUAGUCAACAGGAAUUGUGCCAGAUUAAGAAGCAGCUUGCCGAUUUAGAAGAAAAUCUAUGCGAAACCAGGGCAGAGCUUGGCCGUGCACGCUGUCAGUCCAAUCAGGAUGAACAUCGCUUCCACAAUCGCGAACAAGAGCUAUUAGCGCGUAUCGAAGAAGCUCGCGGUAGAGAGAAGCGGUUGGAAGAUCAGAAGCAUAACCUUGAGGUAUGUCUUGCUGAUGCCACCCAACAGAUACAGGAGUUGAAAGCUCGAUUGGGUGGCGCUGAAGGUCGAAUACGCGCGCUCGACGAGCAGCUGGCUUGUGUUGAGCUUCACAAGCGCGACACAGAGCACAAGCUCAGCUCGGUUGCGCACACAUUGCGUCGUAUUGCAGGCAUUCAACCUGAUGGCAGUGUUAAUCUUUCCUAUCGCUUGAUAAGCCCAACAAGGCGUUAUAGUCCCAUUCGAAAUGCAAUGGCGGCUGGCAGUUGCCAUGAUUAUGAUGCCAGAAGCACUUCACAAUGUCCGGAUGUACCUUGUGAUCUGGAUCCGGAUCUGGUGCGCAAAGGCGUACGAAAUCUAAUGCAUCAAGUGGCACAAAUCGAACGUGAAAAGGAUGAUAUGAAGGUGCAAUUAUCGGCAGCGAAAAAACAAUUACAGGAUGCCGCAGAGCAGCAGCUGCGUUGCGAUGGAAAAGUCAGCAAACUUCAGCAAAUGUUGCGUCACCUUCAGGAAGAGAAGGGCAAUUUGGAUACCGAACGUAGUAUGAAAAUUUCCGCUUUGAAUGCACUCGAAGAGAAGUUUAAGCAGAAGUGCGAUGAAUGCCAGCAAAUGCGUGAAAAAAUUAAUCAGCUUGAAAUGCAGUUAGCAUCUUGCAAUGAGGAGAACUCCCAGAUCGAGGAUCGGCUAGAGAAGUGUCGUACACACGGAUCGAAAUUAGAGAACGAGAAACGUCAUCUGCAGGAAGAACUAGCGAAAGCGGAAGGACGCGCUGCGAAAUUGGAUCUGCAGCGGGUUGCAAUGGAGGGAGAUAUAAAUCGCUUGCAAAUGGCCUUACAAGAGAAAGACUGUAAUGUGAGGCAGGCGCAAGAACGACUCGACAACCAGAAUCGUGCAAUGGUCCAAUUGGAAGAGCGGUGUUCAUCACUUAAGACUACGGUGGAUCAAAUGAAGGAUCGCCUACAAAAGGCGGCGGUCACUGAAGUGGAAUUGCGUGGCGAAUUGAAAGCACUGAAUAAGGAGCUCUCUGAGCAAGGACACUGUUCGCAAUCAAAUGAAGAAAAAGUAAAACUACUGCAAAAACAAUCUCAAGCAGCAGAAAACGAAAAGCGUAUACUUGCAGAGCGUCUGGAUAAUGCACAAAGUAAUUUAAAUGAAUUGCGACGCAGUCAACAAGCACAAUUGGACCGUAUUCAGCGGCUUCAAGAGCAAGUUACCGAUUUGGAAGUGCAACGUUCUGCUUUAGAGUCGCAAUUACGCAUUGCCAAGUGGAAUCAGGAGGCCGGUGAUAGUGGCGGUAUGGGCAAAAGUGCCGAUAAGCGCGAGGAAGAAGAGCUCAGUCGACAACUCAAAUCGUCUCAACGAGAAAAAUCCGAAUUACGCAAUAAAUUACAAGCUUUGCAGGACAAAGUCAAGCAAUUGGAGUCGGAGCGUAAAAGCAAGUUCUCCGGAAGUGGUGGGACCACAGCUUACGAUCGUGCAGAGAAGAAUACUUCGUAUUAUGAUGCCGGUGACUUCGACUCGAACCGCAUGGAAACCACUGCGGGCAAUUAUAGCUGUGGUCUUGAUCAUGCCGUCAUUGAGCAAGAGGCGAGGGACUUGCGCUUAAAAGUCCGUCGUUUAGAAACACUUUUAGCGGAGAAAGAGUCCGAACUGGCAAGACUUAAGGCACGUUUACACGAUAGUGCCAAGUGUGCAGAUGGUGGAAUAGAUGCGGAGCGUUACCGUAAUGCCCAAAUGCACGCUGAAAAGUUAUUGGAUGCUCGCGAGCAAUCACAUCGGCAGCAGGUCAUGCGUUUAGAAAAUCAAAUAUCUUUGCUACGUGAACAAUUAGCACAAGAAGCUAAACGUCGUCAGCAAUACAUUUUGCGUAGUUCAAAAGCCAAUCGCGAAAUGCAACACCUACGAAAUACUCUUGGCGAUUCAUUACGACAUGUUUCGCAACAUCCAUUAGAUCCUAAUUUAUUGGAAAGCGAAUCGAGACGCUUGGAUAAUGCCGUUUCGAUGAGUCUACCACCGUCCACCUGUCGGGAUUACGAUCAAUAAAUCCAUUUGUAUGGGACAACUUGAUUGUUACUAGCUAAUAUGUGGUCCAGGCAAAGGGAAAGGACUUGGAAAUAAAAAACUGCCACUUAAAGCUUCCUUAUUAAAAACUAAAUGCAUUUAUUAGAAUAUAUGUAUACAGGAGAACAUUGCCGUACAGUUUUGAAAGGAACCAUGCAAAUUCAUAUCACCAACUUUCACAGUCACUAAUGUAUCAAUAACAAUGCCUCAAUAACAUUUAUAUACCUACAAACGUAUGCAUGUAGGAUAAAACACAAACACAAUCUAGAAUUCAAACAUCUAUUAAAACAAAUAUAAGAGCAAUUUUCAUAAAAGGCAAUAUUCAUAAAAGGAAUAUUUUAGAAAAUAUAUACAAUUUUGGUCAAAUAAAGAAAACAAUUGGUUUGUA